AUGGCUGAGAAAAUUCGCGUGAUUCAAAUGAAAUUAGCUCAUCGCAGAGAUUUCUUCGACCUCGAUGAUGACCUUCCUGAGAUUGUUGAGAUGAUCAAUUGUGUGGCCAAUGGACGAGCAGUUGAUGAUCAGUCGAAAUGGUGUAAAAGCUCAAAGGAGUGUGUCGACGAUGCGUUGAAGAAGGACCCGGAUACCCCAAAGCGGUCCAUGUCUGCUUUCUUCUGGUGGCUUGCGGAGAACCGCGCUCGCAUCAAGAAAGACGGUAUGGGUGUCGCUGAAGUCGGUAAAGUAGCUGGAAAAGAGUGGGGAGUGCUCAAGGAUAAAUCGAAAUGGGAAAAGUUGGCCGACAAGGACAGGCAACGCUACGAGUCUGAUAUGGCCGUCUACAAGAAAUUUUCCUCUAUUCAAAAUGUGCAUACAAUC